AUGAAGGUGUUCCGGUUGCGUCUGGUCAAGCUGCUGCUGCUUGGAUUCCUGCUGGCCAACCUGGUGUUCCUCUAUUACACCUGGAAUACGCUGCUCUGGCGUCGGAUAAGUAGAGCUCUAUCCGGAGAAUCCAUGCCGGCAGAGGAAGCGCCAAAGGCCGCCAAACUGUCGCCCAAGGACAAGCUGCGCAAUGCCAACAAACACAUUCGCAAGUCCAUUACCAUCGUGUUCUAUGGCCACUACAACUUCGAGCAGGAUCUGAAGGCAUCGAUCGACAGCAUCCUGGACGUGAUACCCAACAUGCCCAUCCUGGUGCUCCAGGAUGGCGGUGCCGAGUACGCCUAUCCGCCGGUCAACUACGAGCGGAAUCUAACCGCCGGAGAGGAGCGUACCGUGUUAUUCCAGAGCCUGUCCUUUGAUGUGCGGCGCACGCGGCUGGAGCUGAAUCCCUUGGCAUCCAUUCGCACCAAGUACGCACUCAUCAUGCCGGACGGUGUGCGGCUGAGCAGCAAGAACAUCCUGCAGAAGAUUCUGCGCGAGAUCAACUCAAUGGGCUUGCCGGGACAGCCCAAGGAGCAGCGUCCUGCGGUGCCGCCGGAGCAGCUGGUACGCCGCAUGGUGCUGGUACCCUUUGCCGGCAAUCUCAAGUCCUUCAGCAGCUGCGUCAGGAUGAACCUGGAUCUGCCCGACUGGACACUGGAGCUGGUGGCCACCAACGAUACCAGACGAUGUGAUUUGUUCCUGCAGAAGCACGCCAUCCUGUUGGAUGCAGCUGCUCUGGGAGCCAUGCCCGAGCCCUUCUCCCUGCCCUUUCCGGAAAUGCUCUACAUGCAGGCCAAGAUAGCCAAUCUCUCGACCACCGUGUUCCCGCAAGCCUUUCAGGAGGGACGGCGUCUAUUUGCCUCCUUCCACACCAAACAGCGGAGGAUGGACCUGCGCCGUCGGCAAUUCCGUGAGAUGUACAAGAAGCUGCAGAUCAAGCGGAUCGUGCGAAGGGCAUACCGAGUGCCAGGAAAGGCACAGGCCCGGGAGGUGUGGGGCCAGGGUCACGGAUUGGUCCUGGACGGUCAGUUCUCGUCGUCGAACACCUCGCUGCCCCUGAUCACGGACAUCGAUCUGUUCGGCUGCGAGCGGACCACCAAGUCCUGCAUAGGUAGUGUGUAUAACGAGAGACCCUACUACUCCUACCUGGGCAAGCACACGCCACCCUGCUGCCUGGACAAGCUGCGGACGACCUUUAACCAUGUGCUGGAGGAGUUCGAGAACGUGGGCAUACGCUACUGGCUGGACAACCGAGCCCUGCAGAGCGCCAUCGAAACGAACCACCUGUCUCCGGAUGCGUACGACAUUGACAUUAGCUUCAAUGUCCAGGACCUGGAGCGAUCCAAUGCGAUGAAGAAGUCGCAGAGCAAGCCGUAUGUGGACAACGAGGGAUUCUACUGGAUAAAGGCCACCGAUGGCCAUCAUUUCCGCGUCCAGUUCUCCAAGCCCAACCAGGUGGGCGUCAACCUGCUGCCCUAUGCCAUCAGUGGAACGGAGGCGAAGGCAAGUGGCUUCUUUGGCUGGAAGGCCAGGAGCUUCUCGGCGGACUACCUGCAUCCGAUGUCCACGGUGCUCUUCCUGGGCAAGAGUGUUAUGUGUCCAAACAAUGUGCUGGAGUAUCUGGAGGAGAAGCGCAUCAGGGUGAAGUCCGCCGACUUGGAUGCGGAUGAGGAGUGAGACCACCACUUCAAUUAUAUCCGGUUUUAAAAACACAAAAUGUCGUUUACUCACUGAAGUGUCUGUGAAAAGAGUAUUUUCAUUUUUUUGCUGAACACUAAGAUUAUUAACGAAAACGUGAUUAUUAAGGAAUUAUAGAAUCAAGCCAAUUAAAGUAAGUAAUUAGUUCAGAUUCUUCAUAUUAAUGUGGCAUUAAAAUCAAUCAUCCGACUGAA